CUAAUCAGGGGAACAGAUUGUAUGACAGUCCCAUCUCAGGUUAUCUUCUUAAAGAAGUCAAGUAAAAUGUGAAGUCACGUUAAGAAACAAGGAGCUUCUUCACUGUAAAUGCUUUUCCAUUCCUGCAGUCUGUAUUUUUUUCUUCGUACUCUGUCAUAAAGAUUGUUGCCUUUGACUGUUUCAUCUCAAAAUGGGACAUUUUAUAUAUACAAUCUGAGCUGGGCUCGAUACUCUUACAAUGAUCCUGCAUUUUUACACAGGUUGUUAAAAGGUCAUUUUAUCACAACAAUUCUUGUUGUCAAUAUCAUCCUCAUAAUGUCAGAACUUUCUUCCCUAUAAUAGCCUUUUUCACUGGUCCAGGAUCUGAUUUUCUGGGCAAUGCCAUCAUCUGUCUACUUCUCCAUUUGUUAGUGAUUUUGGACUACCCAAUACCAAUGCUCAAUCUAUAGCCUUAAUCACCUUAUCCUGCUUGUUUUUUCUUGUACUAAUCGUGAAGUUCAAUGCUCAAAUAAAUGUAGUUGAUAUGUAUCUCCAUGGUUUAUAGAAGUUUAGAAAUUUAAGCUUACCUAUGUGCUAGUUGUUACAAUCAAUUUCCAAUAAUACCCAUCUUAUUCUGAUAGUGGUAUCUCAACUCCCAACGAACUGAAUUACAUUCUGAUGGAAUUCCUACGCUCAACACCUGCAAACCAGUCCAGUCCAGCUGUACACAAAAACAUAUAGGUAAAUACACAUAAAUGUAUGCCUUGACAUAAGAUACAUAUUUCACAUGUGCAUAGAAAUGAGAAGAUGAAAAAGGUAUAAAAAGGAGGAUAAACAUAUCAUACCAAAUCAUUCAGUCCUUGGCCACUACCUGGUCAGUUAGGUUAAGAUUCCUCGAUGGGUUUUUUCAGAAGUGAAUGGUGCUUCUGUGGGCAUGCAUGUGAUGGUACUGGUGGUUCAGAAAAAAUCAGAGGAGGUGUUCUGUCCAACAAAGGAGCAGUUGUAAGCAUAAAUUCCACAGGCACGGGCAUUCUGAUUCAUAGAGCACUGGUACUCACUACUUAUGGGACUCUCCCUUCUAUAACUGCUGCAGAGGACUCAGAGAUCUUGGUGACGAGGAUGGCCUCUUCAGAUUCACAAGUUUACAGAAGAAAACUUGCUCCAGACAGAUUUUUCGUCACAAACUCAGUUCUGGAUCUCACUAUUGUUGCAUGUGAUCCAACUGAAAUUGAAGUUGUCCAGCCUCUCUGUCUGCAGAAUUCUGUUGCUCCUUAUCUUGAUUUUGGAAGUGUUGUUUAUCUUCUUGGAAGACCAGUCACUGAAGGACAAGAGAAUGAUUUGAUGGUUGGAGAUGGUCGAAUCACAGUUGGUACUGAUACACUAAUUAAGUUCUCCACGGAUGGGGUGAUUUGGAGCCCUGGAUCUGCAGGUUUUGACAAUCAUGGUAAUUUGGCAUUCAUCAUUUGUGAUCCAAUGAAGCUCGUUUCUGAAUCUCAGAGGAAAAGGGCUUCUGCUACUACAUUUUGGAGGAAGGACUUACCAAAGCAGUUUGGAAUUCCAGUUCCAGUGAUCCGGCAUUGGUUAAACCAGAAUUGGAAAGGUAACAUUGAGGAGCUUGAUAGACCCCGGAUUCCUGCCAGACUGAAGGCUUACCAGAAGGGGAGGAGCGCAGAGUCUUCUAGUAAUUCAAUAAAACUCAGGACAGCCAACAAGGGAAAUGGAGAGAGUCUAGAGUCCUCGGACAAUUCAGGAAAGCUUAAGGACAUCUUCAAGCAGAUUGGGGAGGAUGAGGAAGUGUCAAGCAGCGAGGUAAGGCCUGAAAAUGCAUUUUUUGAUAGAUUAGGCAGUUCUAGAGAAAUCGAAGUAGAUAAGAACAAUAGCUUGACAUGGUACACACCGCCGAAUGAUCUAUAUUUUGACAAACCAAGACUGCCGGAAGGGAAAAUGGAGAUCCAAAAUGGGUUGACCAAUCACGAGGAGAAAAGGCAGCCCGCGAAGGAUAUUGGGGGUUCUAGCACUCCUGUACUGCAAACGGAAGAAUGCCCGAAUGAUGAAAGAUUCUAUUGUGCAGAUCAGAGUGGGCCUGGAAAUGAGGACGAGUAUCUAGAAGAUAAGAACAUCAUUAUUGCCUGGGAAGGUCAAGAUGCAGAGGGACCCAGUUCUGUGGCACAUUUGAAGGGUCUACAAAAGGUAGAUGAACUGAAUGAGGUGUAUAGAGAAAGUAAUCCUAACCAGAAGGUAAACCUUUCUGUAGCAGAAAUUGAAAUUAAGAAUAAGCACCAGGAGCAUUAUUUCUCGAAUUCUGUAGAGAUUGAGUCUGGAGAAACUAGUUCUGCUCAGACUUGUUUGAUCCGCCAGGAAAAUCCGCAGGGACAUAAGCUGAUGAAUGAAAAAGUCAUUCUUAUGCAGUCAACUGAGAUCCAGAAGGGUAAACACCAGCUUCUGGGAAUGAAGCUCAAGGAUCCCAUGCCAAGCACUCCCAUAAAACUCGGUAAUGUGGAACAAAAGAAUCAUGCCAAGGGGAACAUAUCAAGUGUUCAAGAUGAGUCGGCUGGUCCUUCUCGUGAAUAUAGGAAAGCUUGCAAGAAGGAUGUACUUGACGAUCUAAGUGAAAAGAAACAGAGGAAGGAGAAGUCAUCAUAUAUGAAAGGGAUCUGGAAGAGGACUAUGCCUGAAAGCACACAAUCUAAUAUUUUUAUACAAGAUGAGAAAUAUGGAGACAGAUCCAUUAUCUGCCCACAGUUCAGGGAGCCAAUGCCAAUCAUUUGUAUAAAACCCAAACAUACGGAAGAAAAUAAACAGAAAGAUGAGAAAUCAUUGACCCUGCAAGAGGUCUUCCAGAAAAAAAAUGUCGAAUGCUCAGAAUCCAAUUUUUCUGCUGAACACGAUCAAGGUACGGGGAGCUUAAGGAAUUUGGUAGAGGUUAGAAGGCCCAUUUCAACAAUCCUUACUUCAGAACUGAAGUGUGAAGAAGAACAGAAACAGGCUGAAGAGGGCUCUGCAAUUACACCCAAAGAUAUAGAAGUAAUAGUGGAUGUGGAGCCUUCUCGAGAGUAUCAGGUUGGAGGGUUUGCAGCAAACGGAGCAUGUUCAGAAAAUGGGUCAGAGGACGAUUAUGAAAUCAAGAUGAGUCAUGUUAGCUCUUGGAUUCAGGCAAGCAGUCAAAGAUACACAGACAGUAGUGAUGUUGAGACAUUCUAUUCAGCUGAAACAAGAGAGAGCCGGAAUUAUAGCCCCAGAGAAAGGAGUGAAAAGAAGAACAGUCCACAAGUAAGGCGAAGUCAAAGUACUCUUAGCACUGUGAGAGGAGUUCAGAAUUGGAAUUGCAGUGAGAGGGAUUCGUUGCCAGGAAGAUCGAAAUCUGCAUAUAACUCCCGCAAUAAUCAAGUGCAUCCUUCUUGUAGCAGAAAGAUAAGUGUAAAGAUUCCCUCGUACAGGGGUCCUGAUUACUUUGGACCAACCGUCUCAUCCAUCAUGAAGAAACGGAAUUUGGAUUCAGCCAACAAUAACAAAGGAACCUUUCCACAGAGUUCUCCAAGAUGGAUGUUCUGAUUUGAGAUAUAGCAGUUGCUGCAGCUUAAUCCUGCUGUCCUUGCAGUGAAAGCACAUGAAAUGGCCAAGGAGGCCACUCUUAGGGUACAUGUGCAAAAUGUUAUUUUAGAAGAUGUUGAUGGUUUGGUUGCAAUUUAAGUAACCUUAUAUUCAAGUAAUCUGAGCUAUAGAUCUAUUUGGACGUAGAUAGCAUUGCUGCAAAAUAAGUGGAAUUGCUUAAAAAGGGCAGGCAUAUUAGGUUACAAAUUGGAAAUUUUUUUAGGGUUCACUCUCUGCCCAAAAGGGUCCUAGAAGCUCAAUGCCAAUUUGAAUGUUCAGGGAAAUACUUCCCUUCAAAAUCAAGACAUUGUACUGCUAGAGAGUAAGAACUUAAUCAAUUGGUAAGGUCAAUGUGAAAGCAAUUUUAUUUUUGUUUAUUGUUUUAUGAGAAAAAAUGACUUCUAGAA